GUUCAAGCGGAUGGCUGUUGUCUAUUUCUUAGCUCGCACACACGCCAGAUGAAAAAGGGUGUUUUUUUGAACCAGAGCUCUCCAGUCAUGGCGCUACUCCGUUCGCCUCCGCUCCAGUUCCGCUUCCUUACUCAGCGCCUCUUCCAAUCGUCAGCCGCGCGCUCCCGUCUCCAGUCGGUGGCCUUCUUCCGUCGUUCCUGCAUUUUCUGGCGUAAUCAUCGUAUGGGUUUGGUAGGAAUCCGACCAAGGCAUGGAGCGGGAGUGAGGGCUUUUAUGUCUUCAAGCGUCACCUCUGAAGCUCUACAAGGGAAGCCGGGUUCUCAAAACUAUGGUUCUGACCAGAUUCAGGUAUUAGAAGGACUUGAUCCUGUGCGCAAGAGACCUGGAAUGUACAUUGGAAGCACUGGGCCCAGAGGACUGCAUCAUCUGGUUUAUGAAAUACUAGAUAAUGCUGUCGAUGAAGCUCAAGCAGGAUAUGCUUCAAAAGUCGAUGUAGUUUUGCAUGAAGAUAACUCUGUGAGCAUCACAGAUAAUGGAAGAGGGAUUCCAGUAGAUUUACAUCCCGUGACAAAGAAGUCCUCAUUGGAGACAGUUUUAACGGUAUUACAUGCAGGAGGGAAGUUUGGUGGUUUAAAUAGUGGUUAUUAUGUCUCAGGGGGACUUCAUGGUGUAGGCUUGUCUGUUGUUAAUGCGCUAUCAGAGGCAUUAGAAGUUACAGUCUGGCGUGAUGGCAAGGAAUACUUCCAAAAUUUUUCUCGUGGAAAGCCUUCAACCGCUUUAACCUGUCAGGUGCCACCAGUAGAAUUAUGCUCUCGCCAAGGGACUCGGAUCAAGUUUUGGCCAGAUAGAGAGGUUUUUACUACAACCAUUCAGUUUGAUUUCAACACAAUUUCUGGGCGCAUCAGGGAGCUUGCUUUCUUGAACCCUGAGCUCACAAUUACCCUAAAGAAAGAAGCAGCAGAAGAUUCAAAUGUACAAUAUAAUGAGUAUUGCUAUGCUGGUGGCUUACUUGAAUAUGUGAAAUGGUUAAAUAUGGAUAAGAAACCUCUUCAUGAUACUCUGGCAUUUAGAAAAGAAUCAGAUGGAAUCACAGUUGAUGUAGCUCUCCAGUGGUGUGCUGAUUCAUAUGCAGACACAAUGCUAGGGUAUGCAAAUAGCAUACGCACGGUUGAUGGGGGUACUCAUAUAGAUGGGAUGAAGGCUGCAUUAACAAGAACCAUCAACAACCUGGGCAAGAAAUCCAAACUUAUCAAGGAGAAGGAGAUAAGCUUAAGUGGUGAGCACGUGCGAGAAGGGUUAUCAUGCAUCAUCUCUGUGAAAGUUCCAAGCCCAGAAUUUGAAGGACAGACAAAGACAAGGUUGGGAAAUCCAGAGGUGAGAAAAGUUGUUGAGCAAUGCGUUCAGGAAUAUCUCACUGAGUAUCUGGAGUUGCAUCCAGAUGCACUGGAUUCCAUUCUUUCAAAAUCUCUCAAUGCUCUGAAGGCUGCUAUGGCAGCCAAGCGAGCAAGAGAGUUGGUGAGAACAAAAAGCAUUUUGAAGUCGUCUUCUCUUCCAGGGAAGCUAGCAGAUUGUUCCUCCACAAAUCCCGAGGAAUCUGAGAUCUUCAUAGUUGAAGGUGAUUCAGCUGGUGGAAGUGCAAAGCAAGGUCGGGAUAGGAGAUUUCAGGCUAUUUUACCCUUGAGGGGUAAGAUAUUGAAUAUUGAAAGGAAGGAUGAAGCAGCCAUGUACAAGAAUGAAGAAAUUCAAAAUCUCAUACUUGGACUUGGACUUGGGGUGAAGGGGGAGGAUUUUAAAAAAGAAUCUUUGAGAUAUCAUAAGAUCAUCAUUCUAACUGAUGCUGAUGUGGAUGGUGCUCACAUAAGAACCCUUCUGCUCACAUUCUUCUUUAGGUAUCAGAAAGCAUUAUUUGAUGAGGGUUGCAUCUACGUCGGUGUUCCACCGCUCUACAAGGUUGAGCGUGGCAAGCAAGUACAUUACUGCUAUGAUGAUGCUGAUCUAAAAAAAGUUCAGAGUUCUUUUCCUCCAAAUGCUUCGUACCAUAUCCAGAGGUUUAAAGGCUUAGGGGAGAUGAUGCCUGCACAACUAUGGGAAACAACAAUGAAUCCUGAGGAAAGGGUUCUAAAGAAGUUAGUGGUGGAUGAUGCUGCUGAAGCCAGUGUGGUUUUUGCUUCUCUUAUGGGCACUCGGGUUGAUGUUAGGAAGGAGUUGAUUCAGAACUCUGCCAGGAUGAUCAAUCCAGAGAGCCUUGAUAUUUAGCUGGUUUGGCUCUCAUGCCCUUCAAUCUUGAUAUCUGAUACUGAAAUUAGUGUCGAAAUUGUGGCCGAAGAUAUGCAACUUGCCUUGUAGACCAAUCAACACUAAAGCCUAGUGAGAAUCCUUAACUAGCACUACAAAAAUCUCCCGAAAGAAGCUACUGCUGGUUACUGUUCUGGAACUUAUACUCCUGAUCCAGAAUUUUGGAAAAGUGUCCGAAUAGAUCCUACUUGCAGGAAUGGUAUGGCAGUGAUAGUAUGAUUUUUUUUCAAACGCAACGGCUCUGAAAUUAUUCCGUUGUAUGCAAUUAGAUCUCUUUUAAAAAAUGUUGUUGAACACAGCUCAUCUUGGCCUGUUGGUUGAGAACUUAUGCUUCCAAUUAAGAGGUUUUGGGUUUGAGUCUGUGUAUGCGUUGUGUGUGAGAGUUUGCCUUAAAUGGCCUAAAUGUCCCAAAAAAAAAAUUGUUGCUGAAUGUUCUGUAUGUUUAGGAAGUAUUGUAUUCUAGAGCGAUAGAUAUGUCUAUUUAGUGGGGUUCGUUUAGUAGAUUUCAAAUGGUGGUUGAUGAAUUAAUUUUAAGCUCGAAUUAUGAACUGGUUUUGUUUGUUUAUGACUGAUGAUUUGAGUUCAAGCCUAAGUUUUAUUGA